AUGCGCUUUUUCUUUCUUCUCCAUAUCCUCCUGAUGCUGCACCAUUUCAUUUCUCAUCUUCUGAUCCAACGCGCUGCAUGCGGCGCUCAUAUCGCUGAUCAGGUCCUGGAGAUCAUGCCGUUUUUCGAUCAGCACACUGAGCUCUUGUCGAUUCACUCAGUUGGGCCUUGGAGAAUCUCCUUUUUGAUUUCUUCGGUUUUCUCCUUCUUCUUCUUCUCCGCAGCCUUCAUAUUUUCAACUUUUCUGAAGGUGGCCUCGCCUCCUGAAGCAACUGCUGACCAAAAAAGCCGGCUGGACAUGUUGGUGCAGAAAGUGCUGAACGUUGGAAUCGACAGCAAAGCGCAGAUUCAGGAAAGAACAAAAGAAAAAGUGGGAAAAGUGAUGAAAGAAACGGAGGAGAUCAAGGGAAAAUUCAUGGAUAUCAAGAAAUUCACUCUGGCCGACAAACGUGGCAAGCCUAUCAAGGAGGAGCUGGAGAUGGAAAAGAAGAAAAGGCAGAUGCUGCUGGAUGAAAUAAAAAGGCUUGGAGAAGCUAAAGAAGAAAUGUCAAACGACGACGAUGAACCAUUUGAGAAUCUGAUGAAAGAGAUCGACAAGCUGUUUGAAGAGGCAGAUGAAAAUCGAAAACUUCAAAAGGAAGCAGACAAAGAAAUUGCAACCGCCGCCACCCGCCAAGAUGCAGUGUUUAAUGAGGAAAUGGAAGAAAUUGAGAAAUUUCUCAGCGAUAUCAGAAACGCUGAUAAACUGCAACUU